AUGCCGACCUUGUCGCUCACAAACUUCAACAUUGUGUGCGCCGUGCUGGGAGGAUUCAUCACUCUCUUUGGACUCGUCAGUUACUUGUUCAAGGAGCAAUUCUAUCUCUCGGAAGCGUUGAUUUCUCUGGUGGCUGGAAUCAUCUUUUCCCCCAAUGCCACUGGCCUGAUCAAACCUCUUGAGUACGCCGCUGGCUCAGAAGAGAGCCUCGACUACAUCACGCUCUACUUCACGCGCCUCGUUUUGGGCGUCCAGCUUGUACUUGCAGGGGUCCAACUGCCGAGCAGGUACCUCUACACGGAAUGGAAGUCUCUGGCCCUUCUCCUCGGUCCCGGAAUGUGUGGCAUGUGGGUGUGUGCAAGCCUGCUUGUAUGGGCCAUGGUCCCGCAUCUGAGUUUCCUUCACGCCCUUGCCAUCGGAGCAUGUGUCACACCUACUGAUCCUGUGCUGUCGAACUCGAUUGUCAAGGGAAAAUUCGCAGACAAGAACAUUCCCAAACCGUUACAGAAGAUUAUCAUUGCAGAGUCGGGGGCCAACGAUGGUCUCGGAUACCCUUUCUUGUUCCUGGCUCUCUAUCUGAUCAAGUACACUCAACAGGGAGGCGCUGGUCAGCCCGGAGGAGCAUCCAAGGCGAUGGGAUACUGGUUCGCAGAGACGUGGGGAUAUACUAUUUUGCUGAGUAUCGUCUAUGGUGCCGUCGUGGGCUGGGUUGCGAAAGAACUUUUGCACUUUGCCGAGGAGAGAAAGUUUGUAGACAGGGAGAGUUUUCUCGUCUUUGCCAUCACGCUUGCUCUCUUCAUAACAGGGACUUGCGGCAUGGUUGGCUCGGAUGACGUCCUGGCUUGCUUUAUUGCUGGGAAUGUAUUUACGUGGGACGACUGGUUCCGGCUCGAAACCCAAGACGACUCGCUUCAACCUACGAUUGAUAUGUUACUCAAUAUCUCGGUCUUCCUCUGGUUCGGCGCCAUCUGCCCCUGGGCAUCCUUCCGAUCAAACCAUGUCAUCCCGAUCUAUCGACUCAUUCCGCUAGGAAUUCUCAUUCUCCUCUUCCGCCGGGUCCCCAUUGUAUUUGCCAUGCACAAAAAGAUUCACCAGAUCGAGGAAUUUCAGCAAGCUGCGUUCGUGGGGUUUUUUGGGCCUAUUGGAGUGUCGGCCAUAUUCUAUCUCUAUGUCAGUAUUGAUUUUCUCCAACAAGUCACCGUUAACGGCAGGGUGCGUGAAGACGCAGUCCGUCUCGAAGAAAUCAUGAGGGUGGUAAUUUGGUUUUUGGCGAUAUGCAGUAUUGUCGUUCAUGGGCUCUCGAUCCCGCUGGGCAAACUCGGUUAUCAUCUCCCGCGGACUAUGUCUCAGGCUCUCAGUAGUGACAGGGAGGAUGACGAGCCAGAUAUUCACUUGGGACCGUCGCAUCAUCGCAGAUCAACGAGUCAAUUGCGGCAGAGGAAAGCCAAUGGCAACAGGAAUCCGGAUCGCCGCCCAGUUCCCGCGGCGUUUAUGAUCGGGCAAAGAAAUACGACAAGAUCGACCACCAUGGAUCUAGAGAGCGCACAGGAGCCUGCUCGACCUGUCCACAUUAUUGAGGACUCGCCGGGGACGUUGGGGCAGCCAAACGAGGCUGGAACGCAGCUAGAUAGCCCCGCAAGCGAGCUAGAGGAGCCGAAGCAUUCUAAUGGCGUGGAAGUAAGUGAGGAGGUAAAGACAAAUUGA